AUGACCCAUCAAUUUCAAAAUAUUCCAACAAGUCGAUAUAACUUUCUUGUAAUAUUAAAAACUAUGAAUGAAAUGACGAACAUUCCGAUCAAGAAACAUAGUACGAUCAUAAUGGCCAAAGUUAUGAAGGUCCCUACGGUUGUCAGCCAAAGAAAUAUCAGGAUUAUAACGACGAAGGCGCCUACAAAAAACCUCUUGGAUGUCCCAUAUUUCAUCCAUGUACACAUUACACCGAGCACAGAUCAUAUAGUGAUAGAAACUGGGGAUGCGAUGGAGAAGGGGAAGAAUCUUAACUAUGAGAAUUUCAACUAG